UAAUGCAGCAAUGCAUCAUUCAAUCAUCAUUUGUAUUUGCAGCGAGAUAGUUGUAAGAAAUGGUUAAAAUUGCAGUUAUCGGUGCGGGGGUCAACGGUUUGACAUGCGCUUUAAAAAUUAAGGAGAAAUAUUCCGACUUUGAUGUGACGAUAUUUUCCGAGGAGUUUACGCCAAACACCACAGGCGAUGGUUCAGGCGGACUCUGGUAUCCUUACCUCUGUGGUAGUACAUCACAAGAAAAACUUACGAAAUGGGGUAGCGAGACUUAUCAAUUUCUACACGAUCUGUGGUACACUGGUGGGUAUCAUAUAUCCCUGAUGCCGAUGUACGAGCUGUAUAGAGACAAGCGCGAGGUGCUGCGCCCGCGCUGGGCGGACCUCGUCUUUGGGUACAGGGAGCUCGACAUGAGACAAUUAGAUCAUCUCAGUCGUAUGCACUCUGUUAAUUAUGCAGCUGGACGUAGUUUCACAACAUUCGUGAUCCAGGCGCCAAAACUAUUGGAGUAUUUGUACAAGAGGUAUAAGGCUGCUAAUGGAAAGAUAGUGAAAGCGAAAAUAUCAUCCCUAUCGGAUUCCUUGCUGUCAGGCUACCACGUGGUGGUGAACUGCACGGGGGUAGGCGCGAGACAUCUCGUACCCGACGAUAGAGUGUUUCCUAUACGUGGACAAAUCGCAAAGGUAAAAGCUCCGUGGCUAAACUAUACAAUAGUUGAUGAAGACAGUGGUCAUUAUGUAAUUCCCAAUGAUGCGUUGUGCGUGUUGGGAGGAACACACCAGGAACACGAUUACAGGAGGGAACUAGACGAUGAAAAUAAAGAUUUUAUUAUUAACGGUUGUAAGCAAAUGAUACCUGGACUGAAGUAUGCUGAAUUAAUACAGCACUGGGUAGGUUUGCGGCCCGGCAGAGACGAGGUGCGACUGGAAAUCGAGGUGAGGGAGGGCAAAGUGUACAUACACAAUUACGGACACGGCGGGAGUGGGCUGACUUUGUUUUGGGGUUGCGCCGACAGCGUGUUACAACUGCUGACAGUCAGCUUGAAAUCAAUAAAACCCUCCGAUUUUAAAUCAAAAAUUUAAUAAAAAUAAAUAUACAG